AUGAUUGAAAGACAUGUGGGAAGAGGUGAGAAGACAUGGAGCUUAGUGAAGACAUAUGCAGGGGCCUCACCGAAGAGCUACUGGCUUCCCGCAACAGCUCAGCCUACAUCGCUGCUGCAGCGCUUUGCUCUGCGAGUGUUCCAUUUUCACACCAAGCGUUUGGGCUUCACAACCAAGACCGUGAAACGACUCGCAGGCUGCGCCGGUGCCGAGUUCUGGGUGCAGCGGCGCGGUGCGGAGGUGAAGCAGGCACACCGCGGAAUGAACUGGCAUUUUGACAAGGAUGAAGAUCUGCUAGAUGAUGUGGGCCUUUGCGUCCAUCCGCUGGUCGCCACAGCCACUUACCUCACCGAUCAAGGUGCUCCGCUGGUGAUUCUCUCGGCGCCGACCUUGCGCCGUCAAGAAGAUGGCGCGCCCGAUGCAAAUGCACCUCCUCCCAGUCCUGGGAGCGAUGCGGCGGCGUUCGUCGCAUUCCCUGCGCGAGGGCUGCACGUUGCCUUCGGUGGCGACUUGCUGCAUGGUGUCCCAGCAGAGCUGGAAUGCAGACCGGGAGAACGCUUGGCUCUCCUGGUGAAUGUCUGGCUGCACCACCGCCCCUCCGGCCUGCAGAGCUGUGGCAAAUCCUCUGGCACGACGAGAGGUUCGACGAAGCCUGGGUCAGCUUUGCGUGUCCGGCAUCGGCGCUGCCCAAAAAGUGGUUUGGCGAUAUCGCCAGGGCUUGCUCAAUGGCAUGUUGACGGCCUUCGGAUUCCGCGUGACUUGCACGAGGGCGUUUGGCGGAUUCAGCAGAAGCAGCUCAGAGUUGUGAGUCGCAAGAGGAAGAGCAGCUAG